AUUGGUCAAUGCCAUAAAUUAUGACCUUUUGACGAUAAUACCCUACGUAACUCUAACAACAUUAUCUCAUCUAAUCUCAAAAUUGUUUCUGUACAGUUUUGUAUUGACUGAAAUCAAGAUUACAACACAUAUCAGUUAAUCAAUAUGCGCUUAUUCAUCGACAAUCAUGAAGUCCGAAAAUGAUUCUAAAGCAAACUAUUUUAUAUGUACUGAAAUUUCUGCUUUCUAAUAGUUGAUGCAUCCAAGUAAAUUGUUCGAUGACUCCAUAUAUCCUUAAGGUGUAUCAGUAAUAAUUAUAAAGAUAAGUCAGUGUAUCCACAAGUAAAUAGUUUAGAAAUCAACAAUUAAAAAAAACUGUUUAGAAUGAGAAGGUACUGAUGACUGGGUUUAUGCUCAGUUUGCAAUCAAGAUUUUAUUAAUCAAUUUGUACCGGAAUUUAUAUCUCACGCACACACAUAUAUAUUGAAUACACUAUUAUUCAAAUGAAUUUUCCUGUUGAUCAUUUCUUUAUCUUAAUAAAUGCAUUUGUACAUUUAAUUGUAAACAUACAGUUGGUUUGGCUGAAUCCACAUGUAACUGAAGAAACAAUAAUAAAUAUACCGAAAGUAUAUUUCAUUCAUCCUGGUCCAUCUGUUUCAGGGAGUCAAUUAAUCAAGAAUCAAUUUCAAUCAUAUAAUGGUUCAUAUUUUCAGAAACCACAUAAUUACAAAGUCAAAAAGCACAAAAUGAAUAUUAAUACUACUAAUAAUCAUAAUAGUAGAUUUUCUAAUGUAACUCAAACAAAUUCAAAAUCGACGCACAAAAAGAUUUUUAAAGAUCAUAACAUAUCAAAGAACACAUUAUUCGUUGAAAGAUUACAUGAAGAAGUAAACUAUUUCAUACCAAAGUCACUAAAAUUUGAGCCAGAGAAAGAUUUGGCUAUAUUGUAUCCAGAAAGCAAUUGGCUUGACCCAUGCAAAGCCACUGCAUACUAUGGGGAUAUAGCGUUGGAUGAACACGAAUCUCAGAUGAUGUUGUCAAAAGGCAUGGCAUUAUCUGAUGAUCCAUUACAAAUAUGGGAUUUAGAAGAUAAUAAGGAAACGAACAAUCGGAGAAAUAAAUAUUCUAACAUCCCUAGUUCAAAACCAUUGAAUGAUAUUAAAAGUGAAAUGAGCACUCAUUUAGCUGGUAACUCACGUCAUUUGAAACAAAAGCAUAUUCAAAAUUACAAAGAUAUGGCAGACAGAAGUCUUCCAAACAAACUCAAAAAUUUAACAAGUAGACGCAGGGAACAAUCGAAAAAGUUUGGUCAAAACUUGCAGAGAAGAAGGAAUGAAUUACUUAGACGUCGAAGAUAUCGCCAACUUAAGGCCAAAACACAAGCAUUUAUUCAGUUAAAUAAAUUGCAUCAACAGAAAGCUGACAUAUUAAUGUUUACUCCUGAACAAAUAAAAAAGAAAGAGUUUUCUCAAGGUAAAAGAAGAUCUAAAAGGGCAGCUACAGCUUAUGUUUCAAGAACAUGGACAAACGGAGUUAUCCCAUACAUAAUACAAGCAAAUUUUUCAAGUGAAACUAAAGCUACGAUUAUGAAAGCUAUGCGACAUUGGGAAAAUUAUACCUGUCUUAGCUUUGUUGAAAGGCAACCACAUCACAGAUCCUACAUAAUCUUCACUGAAAAGGCAUGUGGGUGUUGUUCAUAUGUGGGACGACGUAGCGAAGAUGAACCACAAGCUAUAUCAAUCGGGAAAAAUUGUGACAAGAAAGGGAUAGUAAUUCAUGAACUUGGUCAUGUGAUUGGAUUUUGGCAUGAACACACUAGGCCUGAUCGAGAUGACCAUGUAGAUAUCCUACUCGAUAAUGUUGUUGAAGGACAAGAUUUUAAUUUUAAAAAAAUGGAUCCAGGUGAAGUGAACUCUCUUGGUGAACCAUAUGACUAUAGUUCUAUUAUGCAUUACGCUAAAGGAACAUUUGCUAAAGCGAAUAAAGAUGAAACGAUUAGACCAAAAGCUUGUUGUCCACGACCACCUAUUGGUCAACGUAUUCAGUUAAGUCCUGGUGAUAUUCGACAAACGAAUAAACUUUAUUUAUGUCCAGCAUGUGGUCGUACACUUCUAGAACCAGUAGGAAGUUUGUCUUCACCACAAAUGGCAUGGAAAUUAGAAGAUCGUUUCGGUGGUAAUGCCAACUCUUCAUUAUUUCCCGAUCCGAUAGGUUUAGAGCAGUCGAUUCAACUAGGAAAUGCUAUAUCAGUUGAUCAUCUUUUACCUGAUGAUAACGAGAAUAUGUAUCAUCCUUAUCGAUCAUUAACAAAUGGUAAUACAAUUGAUGGUGGUGAAGAUCAUAGUUUAAUCGGUAUGGUCAAUGAUAAUAAUUAUCAGUUAAAAACAAUUCCAUAUAAUCCAUUUAAAGGAUCAUUCAAUAAUGAAGAAGUUCCAUUGAUAGCAAUGAGUCGUUUAUCUAAAUUAUCAAAAACAAGUUCAUCAUCUACUUUAGGUUUCACAUCAGCUAGUCCUAUACUUUGUCAAUGGAGAAUAAAUGCUGCAUCAGGUGAACGGAUACGUUUAAAUUUUACACACAUGGAUAUAUCUGGACCGAUAACACAGGAUUCUAUACAUACACCAAAUAAUUUAAAUAAUUUACAUAAAGCAUAUGAAUUAAAUCAAAAAAGUAUCAAUCGUAUCUCAUGUAUUAAUGAUUAUGUAGAAAUAAGAGAUGGAUAUUAUUCUGGUUCACCAUUAAUUGGUCGUUACUGUGGUCAAAAUCUACCUCCACAGUUAAUUUCAACUGGGUCACGUCUUUGGUUAGAAUAUAGAAGAUCUGCUGGGAGUAUGACUACAGGUUUUAUCGCUGAUUAUGAAGCUAUAUGUGGUGGAGAAUUACAAAUGGAAGAAGGGACACUAACAAGUCCAAAUUACCCUGAAUUUUAUCGACCAAGUAAAGAGUGUGUUUGGCAAAUUAUUGUUCCCGUUGGUUAUUCUGUUGCAUUGAUAUUUCAUUCAUUUCAGCUAGAAAAACAUGAUACAUGUGUAUACGAUUACCUAGAGGUACGUGAUGGUUUAAAAGAUACAUCCCCACUGCUGAAAAAACUAUGUGGAUCACAUCUACCCACUCCAAUUAAAUCGACCAAUAAUGUGAUGUAUGUAAAAUUUGUAUCAGAUAGCUCAGUAGAAAAACAAGGAUUUACGGCCACAUUUCAGAAAGAAUUUGACGAGUGCAAAACUAUGAAACAUGGUUGCUCACAUACUUGUGUCAAUACACUUGGAGGUUAUCGAUGUCAAUGUGAGAUUGGUUAUGAACUACAUGCAGAUGGGAAACGUUGUGAAGAUGCAUGUGGAGGGGUAAUCAAUGAGUCGAAUGGUACUAUUCAAACACCUUUGUUUCCUGAUUUAUAUCCACCUAAGAAAAAUUGUAUCUGGAAAAUUUUGGCACCACCUAAAACGACAAUUUUUCUUAAUUUUACACAUUUUAAUUUAGAAGGCCAUAAUCGUGCAUGUCGAUAUGAUUUUAUCAAUGUUUACAAUGGUUCAACAGAUAAUCAACAGAAAAUUGGCACAUUUUGUGGUGAUCAAAUACCAGAGCCUAUUACAUCCCAUACAAAUGAGCUCAGUAUUGAAUUUUAUUCAGAUACAUCUGUACAACGUACUGGUUUCAGAGCUGUAUUCUUUACUGAUCGAGAUGAAUGUGCUGAUAAUAACGGAGGUUGUCAACAUUUAUGUAGAAAUACAAUAGGAUCAUACCAUUGCGCUUGUCGACCGGGUUUUAAUCUUUACGGCAGAUAUGAAUGCAAAGAGAACAUUAAAACUGGAUGUCAGCAAGAUAUAUCUUCACCCGAUGGGGAGAUUAUCACUCCAAAUUGGCCAAAUGAAUAUCCCGUGAAGCAAAAUUGUCAUUGGAAAAUCACUGUAACACCUGGUCAUCGAGUGAAAGUUAUAUUUGCCGAUUUUGAACUUGAAUCACAUCAACAAUGUACAUAUGAUCAAGUUAUAGCUUAUGAUGGACCAACAAAUAGCUCCGCUUUUCUUGGUCAAUACUGUGGUAGUAGAAAACCUGGUCCAAUUAUUUCUUCACAGAAUCAGUUAUUGCUUACAUUUAAUUCUGAUUCAUCUGUACAACGUAAAGGAUUUCGAGCUCAACAUACUACAAUUUGUGGUGGUCACCUAACUGCUGACAGUGUUCCGCAAACAAUUUAUUCACAUGCUAAAUUUGGUGAUCUCGAUUACGAAUCAAAUCAACAGUGUUACUGGACAAUUACACCAAAAUUAGAUAAUCAUACUGUUCUACUGAGAUUUCUUUAUUUUGAAGUAGAAGAAGAAACACUAUGCACGUACGACUACCUUCGAGUUUUCGAUGGGGGUGAUCCUAAAGGAAAACUUUUGGGUGGUUUUUGUGGGAGAACUUUCCCUUCUCUCUUCUCUUCAUUUUAAUAUUCUCGACCUUCUGCUCUCAGGCAUUCUACUUCUGACUGGUGGCGGUAUACUACUACUACAAUUAUUAUUAUUGUUAUUACUACCACUACUACCAUAAAUGACUUUGUUUAACAUUCCAGGAACACUAUGAGAGAUGCUAUUAUUUUGUUGAACAUGUAUCCUAUAUAUAUAUACUAAGGAUUUGUGUAAUUUGACUGUUUGUUGAUAUUACUUAGACAAGUUGUCUAAACAUAAAUUCUAUUAAACUUUUCUUUAUUAUCAAUGUUCUUUCAAUACAUUGGUGUAAACCUACACACACCCAGGAUAUGCACGCAUAUGCAAAAUCAGAAAAUCCUAUUUAAAUAAAGGAAAAAGUUUUAUAAUUUCAGAUGGGCGCUAAUACGCGUACACGAGCUUACAUACAUGUAUACAAACAAUUAAAUGCAUACACACAGAGAGAAAGAGAAACCAAAAUGCUUAUCAGUCUAUUUUCUAUAGAAAAUAAAUGAGAAUAUCAACCACUUGGAGAUGUACAUUGAUUACCCCUGCUAUGAUUUAUCUAAACAGCCGAAACAUCAAUUAUCAUAAAUUUUAAUGGAAAAUCAUUCAAGACUAUUAUUAUUCCGUAACCAUUGUCCCAGACCAUAUAUUUUUUUGUUUUCACAAGAUUUUCACUUAGUUGGAAAUUAUUAUGUUGUAAAAUGUAAAUUUUAUUUUCAGAAAAUAUAUUAAUGGUUUAAUCGUUUUGACCAACAGAUU